AGCUCUUCAAAAACUUUUGUUAUAUUUGCUCAAGUGUUGAGAUUUAAAUGUUUGCGUUUUUAAAAGGACUUCGUGCUCCAAUGCCCGCAACAAGAACAGUCUUAGAGUCUACAAAGGGCGUACUCUUGUAAGCUUCAUUCAGGAUGUAAUAUUAGGGUUCUACCCACUUUCUGUGUAUUAAUGGUCACAGGACCUCUAUAAUACAUCUCUUACAUUGAUCCGACUUAGCUCCAGGCAGCCAUCAUGGCGGGAGGAUAUAUGCUGCUGGAAACUCUCCUGGUAUUGCUGUCUUUAUUACCUGGGACACACGGAGACAACUAUAAUCUGGGCGGACUGGUUGCCUCCUCGAUUGUAACAUUCUUUGCCUUCAUCGCCAUGAUUGUUAUGCUGGUUCUAGUUGUAACCUGGAAUCAUUGGUUUCCAAAAUACCAAGCGUGGCAAGGAAAGAAAAAAUCUCCCAGGCCUAGGAAACCUAAAUUUGAGUUUCCUAAGCAGAAUGGAGCUCAAAGUCUUCCAUUAUCAACCAGAACUACGCCCUCACGCCCAGGGUCCCGGCCCUCUACACAGCGAGGCGGCACACUGACAAUACUACAAAACGGAGGCUCUAAAACUGCCGUGUAUAAUUCUGUCUCAACAGAUCACUGGAUACAAGAAAUUCCAACACCGCGUUACGAAGAAAAGAGUAAACAAAUAAACUUUGACGAAGAAGACGAGGAACAGGUUAUAGUAACGGAAGUCGUGACGGAUUCUCAGACGACCCAUAUUCCGAUGACAUCGCCACCUGCUAACAACAACCAGAGUAUCAGUCUCAGUGAGACUGUCACGGCAGAGGAAAUUCACAUGACAUUAGAGAAACAACCAAUAGAAAGUCAGGGGACGACAAACGGGGUCAUGAACUUUCAUUUCCAAGACGACGACGAGGCCGUGGCAAAUUUAAGCGCCAGUAGGCGGGGCCAAAACGAGGACGAAAUGAUACUGUAUUAGUGGAGUGUGUAUAUAAU